AUGCUGUUCUGUUCUCUCCUCUGACGUCACCAGACAGCAAUGGCGUCGCACGGGGAUCGUACGCGUUACCUCGCAUCUUCUGAGGACCAAGGAGAGAAGAAAUUAGUAUCAGUUUCCUUUGGUUUUGCUAAAACAUUUAGCAAGUUUAAACAUCCGACAAGCGACGUCACGACUAAGGAAGAGGAAAAGGAUUUCUUGACCGGAAUCACCAGAAAUGAAUUACAGAGCACGAAACCAUCGGAAGCAAGAACGGAACGCAUCAUUCCUCUGAUCCUAAAGAACCGCUGGCGCCUACCUUGCCAAGAAGACCAGAACGAUGAAAGUGGAGAGAAAACGCCCAAAUCCACCCAACUUAAUGGCCAAGGAAGUGCAGACAAGUCCCAAGAAUCAAGUGAAAUGAAUGACUCUGUGGAGGCUCAGGCUGUCAAAGAGCUUAUAGCAGAUUCCAGGAAAAAGCUUGAAGAGGAGGUUAAGCUCAACCUCACCAUUCCUAUGUUGGCACAGAACAAGGCCCCUGAGGGCUUUGAGGAUGGGGACCAUGUCAAUGUGGAACUACGGCCUGAACCUUCCACAGACGAAGAUUACGAGAGAGUUCCUGUCGAUGGCUAUGGGCUCGCUUUGCUAAAGGGGAUGGGCUGGAAGAAAGGAGAAGGCAUUGGACGUACCUUUAAACAAGAUGUGAAGCCAUAUGAAUACAAGCCCCGUGUGAUUGGUUUGGGACUUGGGGCGGAUCGCUCAGCAAUAAAGGACCUGGAGCCCGCCAAAUGUCGGCGCCCGCCUAAGCCAGGUGAUGAGCAGCACAAGGAGGAAGAAGAGGAGCAGCUCGUGUUUGGUCGUGGAGGCUGUGUGCUGAUGGAGUCAGGGGUACAUAAAGAGCGUUAUGGAAAGAUUGAAGCACUGGACACAGACAACGCUCGUGUUCUGGUGAAGCUGGCUAUUGGUGGCAACGUGGUGUCCGUCCACCAGUAUGCUGUUAAACUGGUUGGACAAAAGGAAUAUAACAGAAACAGCAAAGACCUAAGUCGUCUCAGCAAAGUACAUAAAGAGAAGGUAAAAGAAGACAACGAGCGACGCCAACAGGAGGAGAAAGAGAUGCGGCACAUAAACAACAUCAAAUAUCAGUCUUCAGAGAAAGACGACAGGAAAAGGAAACACAGAGAAUCAAGUAAUGACAGAAAGAAGUCUUCCGAGAAAGAAGCAAAGCCGCCCAAGGCACCGCCCUCUUGGCUACAGAGAGACUUAAAAGUUCGUUUUGUAGACAAAACUUUCAAAGGGGGCCGAUACUACAACUCUAAGAUGCGCGUGGAAGAUGUCUUGAGCCUGUGUACCUGUAUUUGUCGAACUGAAGAUGGACGCCUGUUAGACAAUGUGAAGCAAAAUAUGUUGGAAACCAUCAUCCCAAAAGGUGAUGAUGAUGCCAUAAUGGUUGUACUUGGCGAGCAUCAGGGGCAGGUGGGGCGUAUUCUGCAGCGGGACAAGAACAAGUGCAGAGCAAUGGUCCAGCUGGAAAGACACGAGAAGCAAGUGUUCACUUUGGACUAUGACUGUAUUUGUCACUAUUUGGGAGCUGCAGACCAUUGCUGAAUUUAUUAAUGACUAUACUUUAUAUCCCAUCUGGACUGUUUUUGAAAGCCCAUGUUUUAUUGUAACAUCAAAAUAUAUUGUUUCAGGAUUUGUAAUAAAAUCUUGGAUUUGCACAGAUAUUACAAGAUCUGUCACCUUAGUAUUAAGAGGAGUACAUCAAAUAAAUUAACUUGGUCUUUCUAAAA